AUGGCGGAGCUAUACGCAGAGGUGGCAGAUGAGGAGCGGCGACUCGAGCGCGGGCCAUCGCAACGUCAGUACUGGGACCGCAAAACGUACUCAUCGUUCGACGAGCAGCAGCGUUCCAUAGAGCGUUCGAGCACGCUGUAUGUAGGAAAUCUGUCGUUCUUCACUUCCGAGGCGCAGAUUUACGAGCUAUUUAGUCGCGUUGGUUACGUUAAACGCGUCAUCAUGGGUCUCGACCGCUUCAAAAAAACUCCUUGUGGAUUUUGCUUUGUUGAGUACAGCAAGAACGUUGAGGCUAAGGCGUGUGCGCAGUUUUUAAGCGAGACCAAACUGGAUAAUCGCGUGGUGCGUUGCGAAAUGGAUGGAGGCUUUCGUGAAGGCCGCCAGUAUGGCCGCGGCCUGUCAGGCGGACAGGUACGUGAUGACAGACGGUCUAAGGAUGAUUAUGACGCCGGGCGAGGUGGCUAUGGUCGUGGAGACGAUGCCACACUUGACGACCACCACUUUCGUCGCUCUUCCCACGCAAAAAGGCCUCGUUAUGACUCCUCAGCGAUGGAUGGUCCGCCCCCAAGUCGUCAGCGACGCCCUGACUCACCCGUAGACGAGAAUGAGGAGGAAGAAAACCCACGAUUUCGUCGUCGGGAAAUUGAAGCAGAUGGAGGUGAUGAUGAGCUUGUGGAAGAUCAGCCGACAGAACAGCCCGAGACUAUGGAAGCGUAA